CUGCAGGCGGAGGCGGCGCGUAACUGACGCACACAGACUCUGACCGCAGAGGAAACGUAACAUGGCGGUGGGACGCUGAAACAAAACAAACCUGUGCUGAAAACCUUACAAUUCACGAUGUGUUUGUGUUUCAUCUGAAGACGCCGCGAUACCUUAGGGUUAUAGAUUAUAAAACAAACACGUUUAUUGUUUUUUUCCCAUCAUUGUUGACUCGUUCACAUUUAAAUUGGACGUAAAUCUUUAUUCAACGCGUAAAGGGCGCUCGUGCCAAACAAAUCUUAAAUUUUUUGCAAAUACACGACUACCGCACUGUAUCACAGUGAAAUUAAAGGAAAAUACAAACCUUUACGUAAUAUUUUUAAUUAAGAAUAAAACUCAAAAUGGAGAGAAAGCAGCGUCAAUCAGACAAACAUCGCCGUCGUCAUCAUCAUCACGAGUCGUCCAGCAGCGACAGCGAGGAGUCCGGAGGCAGCAGCCCGGCUCACGAUGCGCCUAAAACGGCCAACGCCUUCGCCAACGAUGGCAGCUUCAUGGAGAUGUUCAAGAAGAAGAUGGAGGAGGAAGAGAGGAAAAAGAGAGCGACUGAAGAGCAGGAGAAGAUGAAGAGUUCUGCUUCGGAAGGACAAACGUCACAGGACAAGAAGCCAUGUAGCAUGACCAACUUUGUGGGCAAGCGGAGAGGAGGAGCCCGGUUGACUCUCAAGACCGGAAUGGUGGCCAAGAAACAGAAACUCGAUUCAGAGGCGGAGACAGGAAAAGGAGACGCCUGGACUAAAUACAUGGAAGAAGUGAAAAAGUAUAAAGCUCAUCAGUGUGGAGACGAUGAUAAAACCAGGCCGCUUGUCAAAUAGACUGAACUGCUUCGACAUACAGAAGAUCCAGCAUCUCUCCUAACUGCCAGAUUAUCAUAACACAUACAUGCAUCAUUUUCCAUUUUCUCCUUUACACGUUGCCUUUAGUGCUUGUUUCAAGGUUGACUUUUUCCUUUGUAUCUUUUGAUUGUUUUUUAGACUUAAUUAUUUUCGAGAAGUUAUUUGCUGCAUAUUAUUUUGUCUUUCGCAUUAGAAAAAUUUGAUCUUAUUGAUAUUUUGACCUCAACCUGUUUCGUACAUUAAUGUGUCCUGAUCAAAGUUAAAAUUGAAAUUAAACUCGGAUGACCACA